AUGGACAGUCCACCAACCCCAACCCAUCUCUACUCUCACAGCUCCCGCGAACGCCACACUAUUACACCAGGCAUGGACAAUCUCGGUCCCAGCUCACCGGGCGGUGGAAUCAGCGGAAUCGCUCUAGGAAUCGCCAAUACACACAGUCGCCAAAGCGGCAUCGAGGCAUCUCACGGCAUAAACGACGGAUACACCGGCCCCGCAGAGCGCGACUUUAACACAACCGGCUCAGACACACCCUACGUCCCCUCAGCAGGCUAUGCUAGCGGCGACUCGUUUCGUCCCGAACACGCUCACGCAUUGAACAUGGCGAGAGGCGGCACACUCGCCUCGCCCGCUUUGCAGACGCCCAGUCAAUCGUCCGUGCAUCUGAGCGAUCCCGCACACAGCACAUACCAAUACCCCGCCCCGUAUGCGGGUCUCACUGGUGGACCCUAUCAGCGACACUCGACCGCAUACAGUAAUGGCGAGAUGUCGAAUAUCAACCCCGAUGACAUCGCCGACGAUGGCGAUGAAGACUUUGCUCCCCCGCGCAAUCGAGCUGCUGCUGCGGCCGGCGCAACUAGCGGCGCUGCUGCUGGUGGCCUUCUGGGCAGCUUGUUUGGUCGCGAGAAGAAUGUCGAUGUCGCAUAUAACUCAGUCCCCGGUGGGUUGGAGGGCGGCGGCGGGGGAGGCUCGGGGAGAUCCGUGAAUAAUGGAGCAGACGGGCGCAAGAAGAUGGGCUGGAUUGUCGGUCUUGUUCUUGGGUUUGUAAUUCUGGGUGCGAUCAUCGGCGGUGCGGUAGGCGGUACAAUUGGUAGUCGGCAUAAUGAGAACAAGUCGAAGUCUGCCGGUACAGAUACUGCUUCGGGUGAUGCAUCGACCAAUGGGGACCUCAACAAGGAUUCCUCGGAGAUCAAGGCCUUGAUGAAUAACACGGAUCUUCACAAGGUCUUCCCUGGAAUGGACUACACGCCGUGGGGCGUGCAGUACCCGGACUGUGUGAAGUGGCCUCCGUCGCAGAAUAAUGUCACCCGUGACAUGGCGGUCCUAUCGCAGUUGACCAACACAGUGCGUCUUUACGGAACGGACUGCAAUCAGACCGAAAUGGUUCUUCAUGCCAUCGAUCGCCUCGAGCUAAAGGAUAUCAAACUUUGGCUCGGCGUAUGGAUUGACUCGAAUACCACCUCGACCGAACGACAGAUUAAACACCUCUACAAGCUCCUCGAUGAUACCAAGGACACAUCCAUUUAUAAGGGUAUCAUUGUCGGUAACGAAGCCCUGUACCGCGCCGGCGACAGCAAGCAGUCUGCCGAGACGACUUUAAUCUCGUACAUCAGAGACGUCACGAAGGAGGUCAAGAAACGCAAUCUAGAUCUAUUGAUUGCGACCUCCGACCUUGGUGAUAACUGGAACGCGGAAUUAGUGGAAGAAGUGGACGUCGUCAUGUCCAACGUCCAUCCCUUCUUUGCCGGUGUCAAUAUCGACGUUGCUGUUUCAUGGACAUGGGAUUUCUGGCAGACCCACGACGUCUCCUUGACCAAGGGCACGAGCAAGAAGCAAAUCAUCUCAGAGGUUGGAUGGCCCAGUGGCGGAGGCAAGGACUGCGGUGAUAGCAAGGUCUGUGACGACGACACUCCUGGCUCUGUCGCCAGUAUCGAGAACAUGAACACCUUCAUGUCUGACUGGAUCUGUCCCGCGCUGGAGAAUGGAACUGAUUACUUCUGGUUCGAGGCCUUCGAUGAACCAUGGAAAGUCCAGUUCAACACCCCCGGCAAAGAAUGGGAGGAUAAAUGGGGUCUUAUGGACUCAGCUCGCAAGCUCAAGAAGGGUCUCAAGAUCCCAGACUGCGAUGGCAAGACGGCCUCAUAA